AUGGAAGACCUUCCUCCACAGCUCCUCCUCGAGAUCCUGAGUCGACUCAGAGAUUCGGAGGACUUGGCUCGGUACCGAGUUGCUUCGAAGACCCUAAACUCAAUUGCUCGUGAUAUCCGAUCCGUCAAUCUCCAGUGCUCCUAUGAUAGAUAUGCCAAAUCGCGCUCUCCUCUAACCAGCUCCUCGAUCACGCCUUUCAAGGAGAUUUUCAUUAAACUAAUCUCCGAAUUGGAAAUCGUCGAGAGCGUUUCCAUGGGCGUUGAGAAGCCUCUAAGAUAUGGGGCGUACGAUGAUAUGGAGAAUGAGGAGGCCGAUUUGUACUUGAGUGAUCUCUUAAAAAGAUACCUCACCAACGCUAAGGUGUGUGGAGGACUGAAAUCGAUUUCGAUAUCGGAUUUUUGGGUUCAGUCUUGCUGGCGCCGAUCCGAUGUGCUGUCCCUUAUUUCUUCCCAUUGUCUUAAUCUCUCAGAGUUAGAUGUCAAGAAUGCAUGGCUAUCAGUUGAUGGCCUAAAUCCAAUGCCAAAGCUCACAAAUUUGACACUUGAGUUCAUUAUAUUGGAUGACGAGGACUUGAACAAGAUCAAUGAAUCUUUCCCUUCAUUACAAGUUCUUAAUUUGAUUGGGGUUGGAGGACUUAAAGAACCCCGGAUUCAUCUCAUGCACCUCAAAACAUGUCAAUGUAUAGUGUUUAAUGCUCCAAAUUCAUUAGCCAUCAUUGCACCCAAUCUUGUUAAGCUCACACUUAUUUGUGUGAAGCCAAAGCCACUUGUGAUUGAGACUCCAUUGUUAUCUGAUUUACAUUUCUCUGUUGAGACUGCUGGCAACUUCAAGGUGAAAGGACUACACGACUUGAGAAGGCUUCAUCUUGAAUCCACGGACCUCCGCAACCUACUUGUUACAUUUCCUUUUGGUAAAACAGUUAGGAAUCUAACUGUCGUCUCAAAAGAAUUUGAAACAUAUCCUGGCCAGGAUGGUUUAGAAUCCAGGCUUCAGAUGAAGGGGUUGAAAAAAAUCACUGCUUAUUUAACAGCGAACGAUUUUGAGAUGACAAUAUCAACCAUCUUCUCCAUUCUGGAGAAUUGUACUAAACUGUCUGACAUGGCAUUGCUUAUCCACCGUGAUGUUGUCUCUAAUGGCACCAACAGCCUUAUUUCAAGGUGCAAUGGAAAUGGGGAUUGUGGAAAGACAAAACAAAAGAUGCAUGGAUAUCUGAUCGUAUUUAGCGACUUUGAGUUUGCAGCGUGUAGCAUAUCUGUCAAACCUCCUUUUCAGGUUGAUUUGAGAUGA